CCCCACCCCACAGCACUACCUAAAAGCAGGAAGUAGCAACGUUGAGUGGAUCAUCCAUCAAAACCACAUGCAGCUGAAACAGAAAAACAAAGCCUACAAAAAUAUAAUUUGGGCAGAUGUGGAUUUAUUGACGUACUGCUGAGGCAAGCAGCCGAAACUUGUAAUCUACAUAUCGCUUGGACGCGUUUGGGCAAACAAGAGCAUGGGGCAGCAUCUUGGAAAACAUGAGCCACUUUCUGUUCCCAAGAACUGCUGCUUGCCCUCAUGUGUUUAUCACAUAUUCCAUCAAUGCCAUGAUGCAGCACUUGGCAUUAGCAUGUCUUGAGUGACCAAUACCAAGUGAUCAUAUCCAAAUGAUGCAUAAAUGGCAUCUGAAACUUUUUGUGAUCUGUUCAUUCAAACCACCUACAAAGGUAGUCAGGGAUCAUCAACAGUAUCUGAACACAUCCCAACAGACUCACCGGAGUCACAGGAUGAGGUAUUUGGACUGGGGGAGGCGGACCUCAACCAGAACAAUGGGUGCUCCAGCAAGAGUCCAGUGGUGACUGACUCCAUGAACGCUGCAGUAGAUCACAGCAGCUGGAACCAUCCGAGCACAGCCGACCCUAAUGCCUCAGGGCCCCGCCCCCACUUGGUCCGCCUCUUUUCUCGAGAUGCACCAGGUCGCGAGGACAACACCUUCAAACACCGCCCCUCGGAGUCUGAUGAGCUGCAGACCAUUCAGGAGCACGGCGGAUCUGGCUCAGAGUGCGGUUCUGAGUGUGCAGAGUAGGACCUAAAGUAGAUUUCCUCUUUGCCCUCUCUUUCCUCACUCCUAUUUUGGGAAAAAAACACACCACUGCAGAGAUUAAAGCUAACACUCAGCAUGGCAUCUGCAAGCUCUUCGCAGUCAACAUUCAGGCUGGGCCGCAGUAAGAAGAGCCCAACUGUUAUGGAUCAGAUCGGAAAGUUCUUUGGAGGGGAUAAAAAGAAGAAGGGAAAGGUGAGGAUUGAGCAGGCAUUCAGAGUUCUCCACAUGAGCCUUUACUACUGUUCUAUUUGCGUAAAUUUAUCUUGACUUGCAAGUAUUGUUUGUUUCCGAUAUCACCACCAGUAAAUGAGUUGCGUGUGAUUUUUCUUUUUUUUUUAUUGACUUUUAUCUCUUUAUCUCUAAGUUUAUUACACAUUGCUGUCAUAUAGUAUCCAGUAUUUAAUAAAGCUGCAAUUUGUUAUAGGAUUUUACUGUGAUUCAGGGAUUUAGCAUACAGUGUGAUGUUUAUAAACAACAUGACUUUUAGCUUUAAAAUUUUUUCAAAUGUAUUCAAAAUGCCUGUGUAACAAAAUUAAGUGUUUUUAUGACUUUUCACUGACAGCAGCUGCAACGUUGAAAAGUUCUGUAGUAAUCAGAAAAGAUGGUACAUAUAGCAUAUUGUACAAUGAGUGGUACUAUGUCUCAACCAGGAUGUUUAUGUUGGCGAAGAGAAUUUUCACAUAUCUAAGACAUUUUCUUACAGUAUGUGACCGAUAAAUAUUUUAUAUUUUAUAGCCAUUUUCGAAUCCAUUUAUCUUAUAACAUCUUGGUGUUAAGGGAGCACCUCAGGGUUUUUCAUGGUACAACAGAGGCCAUUACUGAUCAGUUUGGUUUCUAAAACGAAUUUGCAUAGUUCUGGAAAUUAUAUUUAACAUGUUUUAUGCUUGUGAAAUUAUGCAAUUUCUAGAGCCUUAACUUUUAAGAAAAAGUUUCUCAAAGAUAUUUAAGUGGUUAGGUGACAAACACCAAAGUUGGGAAACGCUUUUGCUUUGUGGGAAAAUGUUAAAUGAGAUCUUGAUGAUGUAAGUUUAUAUUUGUGACCUUAUUUUUAAAGUGCCAUACGAUGGUUAAAAUGUAACGUUGCAGAAUUACUGACUUGUGCAGUGUGUAACAUUUUGAUUAACUAGUUUUAAUAUAGCUAAAAUGUUUGUGGGGAAAACAAUGUGACAAAGAGUUUGAGAUGUCAUAGUUCCAGUUGUAUAAUAGUUUUUUCUCAGACCUACAUGUUGCUGCUUUAACCAGAUUUCUCAAACAUGCCUCAGGUUAACUCAUCUCUCUUAUGUAACAAUGUGAUCUUUAAGUGUUAAUGCCUCACUAGUAACCCCUAUAGAUUGUGUCCCAUUUUUAACAACAAAAGCUUGUGUAACCUACAUAUUCUGGAACAACCCUGAAGAUGUUCUUUAGCCUGAUCCUGUCCUGGUCUUUUUGACAUUUGCUUGAUUAAAAUGUAUGUAACAUGAA